ACCUUUUGUAAAAUACUGAUUAACAUGUAUACACUCACAUUGCAUGCAUUUUUGCACCGCACUCUUCAACACAAACUUCAGCUAUUCUGGUUUACUUCAGUUUCACAGACGCGUGUCAAUUAUCAUGUGAACAGGAAGGAUGUGGAAAAUGACAAACAACUCUGAGCCUUUAUAUAAAGUUCAGAUUGCAGGUCUGAGCUGCCAGCUCACAUCACAUCACAUCAAACUUGCUGGAAGAAUCGGAGCAAAGUGAACCGAGUUGUGGAAGAAAUGAAACUCGAACAGAAGAACUGGGAAAUCAGUGAUCUGGGGUUAUUCCAGGCUUUGGAGCGAGAAAGAGUCCUGGAGGUUCUUCAGAGAGACAAAGCACUUCGAACCAUUGAAGCAGACCGAAUCAGGAAGCUGAAGGUAGAGCUUCAGGGUAUCUGUCGACAGGGUGCCAAGACCAUCACCCGUCCCUAUGGUCAGAGAUCAUGUGCGCGGUGUCAGAGGCUUCUGGGAAAGUUCUGGGACUGUGGCUCGGUGUGCUGCGGGUGCAGUCACCGCAUCUGUAAGCGCUGUCGGGUCGCCCGCUCUGCGCAGGAAUGGAAGUGCACCAUGUGUCACGCAUACAGGGAAUUUAAGAUCAAAUCCGGUGAAUGGUUUGUGGAGCAGCAAGCAAAGAAAUUUCCGGAUGUCCGAGAAAACAGUCAUGAAACCAUCGGAGACAAACUGUUACAGUCUUAUCGACGUCUCAGCUUCAUUGCAGUCGUGCCUCCAACUCCUCCUCCUGUGUAUGAAGCCCCAUCAUAUAACAGACUGAUUCAUUUAACAGAACAGGACCUCAAAAAAUCAAAGCCAUUUACUAAAUCUGUGGAGAACCUGAUGGUGUCUGUCAGUGCGCACAUAAAAAAGUUCUCCAAAUCUCAGAAUGAUCUGAGUGUGGAAGCGGCUCAGCUGACGGUGGAUCACGGACCCCUGCAGAACUCACGACACAAGAGCCGAUCCGAGAGUGCCAUCAACAAAACCAGUCUGUGCAAAGCACCAAGUCUUCCCAAUCUAUCCCAGAACAGCAGAGGCACAGAGCAGUAUGCUUCAACAAGUACAUUUUACCAGACCGAUGACGAAGCCUCGUAUACAUCUGCGUGCAGCGAUGAACAGAGGGACAGCACCAGUAGCACAGGAAUGGACUGUGGGGUCUCUGAAAACACUAGUGUGACUGGAGAAGUAGAGGUUGCUUUUGGGUACAACAACAGGACGUCCUGUUUGGAGAUAACUAUCAAAGCCUGCAAAAAUCUGAUGUUUGGAGAUAUUAAGAAGAAAUGUCAUCCGUAUGUAAAGGUCUGUUUGCUUCCAAAGAAAUACCACGAUUAUAAGAUGAAGACAGCAGUCAAGAGGGGAAAUAACCCGGUUUACAAUGAAACAUUCACUUGUGUGGUUGGUGCUGAUCAGCUGGGCAGCAGUGUAGUUCAGGUGUCAGUGUGGCACUGCAGAGGACUCAAGAGGAAGCUCUUCCUGGGCGAGACGCUCGUCCGUCUGACUGAGCUGGGUCUGGAGAGCACAGACACUCAGCGAUCUGUCUGCUACGCUCUCGGUCCGAAGCAGGCUCAUCCUCCAGGUGGCGAUGUCGAGCUGCUGCUUAAAGCUCAAUUCCAGUUUCUGCCACAGACUUCGUCUCAUCCAGCCGACCUUUUGAAUGGAGCAGCUGGACAGCUCAAAGUCGUCAUCACUGACGUGUCGAAGCUGCGCUUCCGGUCAAAAACAGCUUGCAUUGAAGGAAUCCUUUGCCUUCCUGGUGAGCGAGAGCUGGUGCAGAGAAGUCCAGCACUGGAGAAGACUGGCGGCUCUGUCCAGAUGACCUUCAGCAGACUGAGGCUUCAGGAGCUCCAGCAGGCCACGCUGCAGCUCAACCUGUGGGAGAAGAACACCUUCGGCCUCGCUGACCGUUUAAUGAGAUCAGCACGGCUGGCUGGAGCAGAAUCCUCAUGGCAGCGUCUGCAGCAGAUGCCAGGAGAGUGGCAUGACUUCGUUCUUCCAUUUCAUGUAAAUGUCAGCACAGGCAUGAGGUCAUAACCGAAGAACAUGGAUCCUUUCCAUCAACCCACAGAUCCUGACAAACCCAUGCCCAGAUUGUCUUCAAAGUGCCUCAUUAUUCCCAUUUCUUCAGACAUGAACUGUUUUCUGAGUUGUUGUUGUUGUUGUUGUUGUUUUAUACACAGUAUAUUUUUGUAUUUAUAUUCAUCAUAUCAUAACUUAUUUAAUAAACUAAAGAGUUCCACAAAGAUUGCAUGCGGCGCAGUAUUCUGUUCAUGAAUAAACACACCCAGAUCUGUUCAUCAUAAAUCUUUAUUUCUAAUAUAAUAAACACACUGUUUAGGGGAAAAUAAAUAAAUCCAGUUGAUAAUUGAGUUUAUGAUAACAGCUCAUUUCUAUUAUACACACAAGUCACACUUUAAAAUGUUAACUCAGGGUCAACUAGUUCUUAACCUGGGUUAGUUACUAGCUUCAUAACCCAGGGUUAAAACCAUGUUAAGCCCAGUAAAAACACUCCUGGUUGGUCGUGCGUAGUGUGAAAAGCUUAUUUGUGUAUGGAUGACAUCAAGUAAUAUUUCAAACACAAGCGCUCAAAGUGCUGCGAGUGAUUAAAAGAGCUGAUUUUGAUGGGGGGAGAAAUCAAAAAUGAAUUAACGGUCAGGAUCAUUUGGAGAAAACAAAUACAUUUAAGACCUUUGGCCUAUUUACAAAAAAACAAAAACAAAUAAAAGGCAUGAAAUACUAUUCUAUUUUUAUGAAAGUGGCACCACAUGGUUACAGGCAUCACCGAAACAAUUGAGUAAAUUGUCAUAUUCGCCAAAACAUUCUGUUGGAUAUAUUUUACAUUGGGUCCCACCAGCAGAGUAAAGGUGUCUUAACACUACCUGAUUUGUGCUAUUUUUUUAAUAGUUUUAAUAAAAAUAUGAAGUCCGUGAGAAACUCUGCUCACAGAUCCACCAACACAAAAUCCAUUUCGAUACCUACCGAGAUUACAAAAGUCUAGUAAACAAAACUUCCUUCAUCCCGUCGUGGCAAUAAACAUUCAGUAACUAGUUCAAAGUCAUAAAAAAAUCAGUUUGUAGCUAAUGUAGGAAAUCUAAGGAUUUAGCAUGCAUUUGAACAUAAUCCAGUAUAUAUAUAUAUUAUAUAUAUAAUAUGCAUAACUUACAUAUUAAUCUCUUCAAAAAAAA